AUGGAGACGCAACAGGAGAGCAAGCAGAAAGAAGAAGAGACCCCUGUCCUGGCAAGCAACCUGCAGCAACAAAGGCCAGCUGCUGGCGGCAAUCAAUCCCCUCGUCCUUCUGACCGGGCUGAAAGCUUGAAUCUUCUCCGAGGUCAAUCAACCAACAGGAGCUACAACCGGGCGAAGAGGCAUUCGGCAAAGUGGGGGGCCGAAAUGAGCCCCUCCCGGCUUUCCGUGUCUUGGAGCAGCACGAGGAGGAAAGGCCUAAAGGAGCUUCUCCUGCAGAGCAGUCAGGCCAGCCCUACCUGGCUUACACCUUCCCCCAAAGACUCCAUCCCGACCGAUAGCCAACAGGGAGAGGAUAAUUUCUCAGAGGUGGCUUCUGAAGAGUUGUGCUUAGCUCUGGACCCCUUGGAGCACGAAUGGAUGUUGACGGUGGCCCAAGGAGACCCGGAAAGCAUCCUUGACCUGCUAGCCAAGGAGCCCAGCCUGCUCUCCAGGAGAGAUUUUGUGACGGGUUUUACCGUCCUCCACUGGCUGGCCAAACACGGCCGUCACGAAGCCUUGAUCCAGGUGAUGACUUUCGCGGAGAGGAACGGCUACCCAAUCAACGUUGAUGCACCCACGGCCAGCGGGAGACUGACCCCACUGCACUUGGCUGCUCUUCAGGGUCACGUGAUGACCCUCAAAAUCCUAGUAGGAGCCUUUGGGGCCAACACCAGCCUCAGGGACCACAAUGGCCGCAGAGCCUGGCAGUACCUCCAGGCCAGCGCUCCCAGAGAGUUGAAGGAACUCCUGGGGGCAACCGAAGAAGACUUGGCCGUCCCAGGAGCGGGAAACACCAACAACAACUGUGCUCCUUCAAGAUGGGGUUGGAUCGGGGCCUUUCGAGCGGAAGGCCACAAUGCUGAGGCUGCAAGGCCAGGCCAGAGGGCCAGUCCCACGGGGUCUUAUUUGAGGAACAUCUUCAGGCAAGCCAUUGCGUUCUUUCAAGAUCAUUAGAGGUCUC